AGAGAGCAAGAGAGAAUAGAACAGGACGGUGGGAGGGAGCAGGUUGCCGAAUGGAUGGGAGUGAAAUGUCCUUCAUAUAAACCAGACUUAACGGAGCAGCAGCCUCUGCCAGCACGAGAGCAAGAGACAGGAGCAUCUUUCUCAACAAACCGUUUAUUUGCGGAGGAAAUAAAACCUUGGGAACUAAUCCAGUGGAACACACUUUCUGCCAAACAACAGACAUGGUCGUCCUGUUGCGCACUCUUUUCUUGAUCUGCGCAUAUUGGACAACUGCGCUGAUUGCUGGAAUAGGCUCAGAGGGGGUGUGUCUUCAAGAUGGCAAGCACAAGACAAUGCCCAGCCCCGAGCCUUACCUGAGGGAGUGCACGCUCUAUGCAGACAAUAGUUGCUGCACACAAGAGGACAUCCAGGACAUCUUCCAUUCUCCCUCUGCCAGCAAUCGGAAUGAACCCUGGGACAAGUGUGGGCCAUUAAGUCCUGCGUGUGAAGGCUUCCUGAAGCGCGUGUCAUGUUUCUACCGCUGCUCCCCAGAUGCUGCCCGCUGGCCUCACCCAUAUCACCACUCCUACAUCCAGGCUGUGCCUCUCUGCCACAGCUUCUGCCGGGACUGGUUUGAUGCCUGCAGGACAGACCUGACAUGUGCUCGUAAUUGGGCUGCAGACCCCAGAGGACAGAACUGCACUGGAAGUUGUGUUCAGUAUCAGCAGAUGUAUCAACAUGGCAGAGAUCUGUGUGAAAGUCUGUGGGGUAACGCCUUCAUGACUGUUGAAGAUGCAGCUGAGGAGGUUCUAGAUGUUGGCGGGAAUGACAGCCCAAGGAAUGGACGCACUUGUGGUUGCCUGACCCUCAGUCCUUCUGACAAGGAUGUGAUCGCUGCCCUCCGGUCCCACCAGAAUGACCCAGAGGAGCCGGAUACCACAAAGACUGGACUGCCUCUGUAUCGGUCUCCCUGCCAGACCAAGCUGCCUCCACAAAUGAAAAUCAGCAGGAAGGGGAACUCUAUAGUGCGCAAGCGUUCGGUUAUGGUUGAUGAUGGUGAGGGGAGCGGAAGUGGCCUGUAGAGAAAGGUAAUGGUGUUUAGAGAUAAUGUGUAGCUUCAUGAUCAUAUUUCAGCAGGGGUGGAAAGUACAAAUUACAUUUACUCUUCUUACUGUAACUAAGUAGUUUUUUUUUUGUGUAUCUUGUACUUUUUUUUUUUUUCCAAUUAAAUCAGUGAUUUUACUCAAGAAAAUUUUGCUUUCAGUGCCACUGACGAUGAUAGACGUCCAAUCAUGUGGCUCUUUUCAUCCUUCUGCUGUGAAUUGAAAUGAGUUUGCCACUAGUAGAUGUCUAACCCAUUUUAACUGGGAGGGUUGCCAGCGAAUGUACAUUUUUUCAGUCCAUGCCAGACCUCCCAAUUCAAAUGGAUUGAGCGUCUAUUGUCAUCAAUGACAGCCAGUGAGUUAAUUUUCUCAGAGACAUUUUAAAAUGCUUCUGUUACAUUCAUUCAAAGUAAUGGGGGCGGGGGGAGUAAUUUUGCACGUGCGUGCCAGUAUGAAGCGUCUAUCUGAUUGGCUCUGAUAUCUGCUAUACCAGACAGCAAAAAAUAACAGAAACCCUAUUAUGUCAAGAAAGGCGUUCCGCUUUCCCACAAUAUUGGAUGUCCUUGCUUACCGUCACAGAUAUCAUAAAUGUAAAUGUCAAGGUAUGUUACAUUAAUAAAACACUGACUUCAAAUAGUGAUUGCAGCCAGAUACGACUUAGUGCGUCUACCUAGCUUUAAAGAAAAUAAUUGCUAUCGCUGCUACCAAGGGACAUAACGUUGCUAAUUAGCAUGGCUAGCAUCAUUUACAUCACAUUAGCUCUGAAUUUUUAACAGGAAAAAAUGGGUACUGACACUGUUGUGCUCAUAUUAUAAGUAGUUGCUAUCAGUCUGUUGGUUUGGUUUUCUUCCCCAUUUUGCACAGAGGUAAAAAAAAAAAAAGUAUAGGUGGGUAGUAACGCGUUACUUUUAUUUUGUUACAUUUACUUGAGUAACUUUUUGAGAAAAAUAUACUUUUAAGAGUAGUUUUACUAAGUCAUAUUUUUUACUUUUAUUUGAGUAAAUUUGUGAAGAAGAAACUACUCUUACUCCGCUACUUUGGGCUACACUAGUCGUUACAUUUUUCCUCUUAUUCUUUCCUCUUUUUUUGCCAGAGGCUAACAGUGGCUCUACCAAUUUCACCAAUGAGAUGUUGCAACAAUAAUCACAGGACUCCACUAUACCAAUCAGACUCAAGCUUGCCGUUCUAUGAUCGCGCCGGCCUGUUCAAGCGCGUAAAGUCUUAAAGCAUCAUGGAAAAUGAUGUAUUUGACAUAGAGCAUUGCCGUGAACAUGACUCAAAAGCACAGAUUUUCACUACUCACCCAGUUUUUAUUUGGUACGGAUUGACCACGGAAAAGCGGAGAUAUGAUCCUUUUAGUUUCAUAAUAGGAAUUUUGUUUUCCACCCUCUAGAGCGCACUCAUGCUCUUUGGACGAAUAAUGCUUCAUUUCUGUAGAUAUUUUUCUCUCGCUGGAAUUUAAUGAUUUUUUUUUUGUAUUCCUUGGGUUUAAUGUGGUUAUGUAUUAGGUUAUACUACACUAUAAUAAUAACAGUUCAUAUAGAUAACUUUGUGCUGAGAAAGAAAAUAUAUCAUUGUUUAAAAAAAUCAAACAUCGUAAGCAGUUACUUACAAAGUUACUUAUUACUUGAGUAUUCUUUUCACCAAAUACUUUUUACAUGUACUUGAGUACAUUUGCUGGAUGACUACUUUUACUUGAGUAAUAUAAUUUUGAAGUAAUGCUACUCUUACUUGAGUAACAUUUUUGGUUAUUCUACCCACUUCUGCAAAAAAGUAACUUUUUCUACCAAAAAAAAAAAAAAGUGUUGUUGCCCCCCUGAAUCACCAAAACACAAACGACCCCCCCCCCCAACACACACACACAAACAAAGUCACUUUUACUUCGAGUAAAUUUUAAAUUAGCUACUUUUCACUUUUACUUUUGAGUAGAUAUUGACACAAGUACUUUUACUUGAGUGAAAAUUCAUCAGUGUAAAAAUACUUUUAUUUAGUAUUGUUUGGAUACCGGUACUUUUUCCUCCCCUGUAUUCCAGGCAUGAUGUGACGACAUAUCGUGAAUGAUGUAUAAGAAAUAUUCAUGCAUGGGUGUUUUGUUUCUAGCUUACAAAAGGCUUUAGUCAAUAAUUGGGCAGUUCAGCUUUGAGAAUAAUAGUGUCAACUUCCCACUACCCUGCUGUCUGAAUAAUGCUGUCGUCACACCUUCCAAACAGAACUUGUUGUGAUACUAUAUUACAUGUAGAGGAUGUCAUGAAGUGUUCAAGAGAAUAUGUUCACAGCAAGUAAGAACUUAAGUGUUUGGGAUAGGAAAGAUGCGGUACGAUAAGACUAGAAAGAUAUGCGUAGAACAAAGAGGAAAGUUUAAUAUUCCAUGUUCAAAUGUGCUCUGCAGUUCUAGACUAAAACCACAAAAAGGCAAGAUAUCAUUGUUUCUGGUAGCUUGGUUUUCAAUGUCAUGUGAAUAUUUCUAAUCUAAUAAUAUUAUGUAGUUUCAUUUUGAUGUAAGAUUAGAUGUAAAUGUUUUUUUAAGGGAAAGUUCUCUAAAAUUUGUGUUUGUGUAUUUUUCCUUGCUCCCAAUAAAGAAAACUUCAUGAACAACA